UGCUAUGAGCUCAACACGGGGAAGCCAUGGCGGCGGCGGAGAACCACGCAGGACCGGAAUCGCCAGUGUCGGAAGUAGAGUCGGAGCCGCCGUACAUCCACGUUCUCUCCGCCUUCCUCGCCAUGGAGCCGCCGGAUUACGUCAUCUCUCUUGCGAGAGAAUGCAUUGGAGACUCAAUUACUGGUAGUGUCCAGAGAGUCUUCUGGGAAAAUUGUGUAAAAGCUGCUGCGAAUGGAAACACAUCAUACGCAAAAAAGUUUCUCAAGAAACUGAUAAGUGAAAUUGAGUUGGAAAAUGGUGAAGUGCUGGAUGAACUGUAUGAAGAGUACGCUCUUUACAUGUCUUCUUCAAAGGAUGAUGAGACAGCAAAAGAAAGCAUAAGAGUUUGCAAAGUCGUUUCUUUCCUUUUUCCAGAAGGUUUGUAUGAACACCCAAGCUGUCCAAGGUCGAGGAAGCUUGUAAUUCCUCUGAAGUGUUCAUUGAACAUGCUUGAAGGAGAUACGGGAUGUUCUGUCUGGCCAUCAAGUCUAUUUCUUUCAGAAUUUGUUCUGUCUUUUCCAGAUUUCUUUGCUGGUAAAACAUGUUUUGAGGUUGGUUCUGGAGUUGGUCUGGUCGGAAUAUGUCUUGCACAUGUAAAGGCCUCCAAGGUAAUUUUAACAGACGGGGAUCUUUUGACGCUCACUAAUAUGAAGCUCAAUUUAGAAGUGAAUCACCUGAAUUAUGACGACGAUUUGGCUCAACAAUCCGGGAAAGCACAGAGUACAGUAAAAUGCGUUCAUCUUCCGUGGGAAACUGCAUCAGACGCAGAACUACAGGAAUAUAAUCCAGAUAUAAUUCUAGGUGCAGAUGUAAUCUACGAUCCAUCUUGUCUCCCUCAUCUAGUUCGGGUUCUUGCCACCCUUCUCCAAAAACGACCCUCACAUUCCGCCGAAAGAGAUAACUCUCCCGAGAAAUGCUCGGAAAAUGAAUAUGCAAAUGCCGCGGGAGAACAAGAGCACGCCCCCGUGGCUUACAUUGCGUCUGUGAUCCGAAAUGCAGACACUUUCAACGUGUUCCUAAAGCUUUUGGACCAGACAGAACUGUCUAUUACAGACAUCACCGAGAAGCUCAAACCCUUGGAGUUUCUACCGUAUAUGCGUUCGUACGAUCGUUCAAGUGUCCAGCUCUUCUCCAUCUCCUCCAGAUAACAUUCUUCUUCACCGCUUUGGUAAUUUCAUACACCGAAUGCUGGAUUCGUUUAUGACAAUGGCAUCAGCAAAAAACAGAUAUGGUAGUUUUAUAAAGUUUUACUCCUUAUGAGCGUGACAUUGAUGGACUUCACUAGGGAGACUGUAUGUUUAUUGUUAAAGGAUAUGAAAAUUUCUGUUAUUAUAAUGUUUUAUUCCUUAUGAACGUGACACUGAUGGAGUCCACAGUAAACGAAGCCAUCUUCGAACUCUCAUCAGAGACAGAAUCAUACACAUAUAAGGAUCUUCCGGGCACGUAAUCGGAGACGGGAAAGUAGGUGCCAAUACCUACUUAUCCAGAAUCCAGAAAUGCCUUGUGCAUAUAACAUUGAGGGGUUUGAAGAGUGAAGAUUUGCUUAGGGUGGGAAUUUCAUGCAGAAACGGCACGCCGUUUAUGUAUAGAAAUGAAAGACUGGGGGUAGUUCAGCUUGUUUAUGGAGUUACGAGUAACGUUUACGCUUUCUAAAUAAGGACUGCGCGAUGUUUUUUCUUCGCGGAAGUCGCCAUGUUGAAUCAUGUUCAUAUGCAUGGCAUGAGUCAUGUGUGGAAGUUUAACGUUUGACCGGAGACAGAGACUUGGAGAACAAGUCAAGUCAGCCUCUCUAGUUUGACCGAAUGCGAGAAGAGCAAUUCUGACCAAUAAAAAGACCAUCAAUCAAUGACAAAUUAUUAAAAUAAAAAAAAAAUAUUCAUGAUCAA